UAGCCGGAAGAGGCGGGGCCAAGAGUGAGGCCUAGGCAGGGAGCUGGACUCCAACUCCCAGAAGCCUCAGCGCCUUCUUCCGGAACAAAGCAAUGGACUCAAACUGCAGGGAGAGAGACUCCACCUAAAUAAUGGGAAAGGCUUCUUGAGGGGACAAAUGCAAGAUACUCCACUUAGGCAGAAAAAAUGAAAUGCAAAGAAACAGAAUGGGGAACGAUGCCCAGCUCGAAAGCAGGACAUGUGAAAAAGAUCUUGGAGUCCUCGUGGGGAGGAAGGUGAUCAUGAGCCAACUAUGUCAUGCAGCAUCUUAAAAAGCCAAUGGGAUUUUGGCCUGUAUCAAAAGGAUUCUAGUGACUAGAUCAAGGGAAGUCAUAAGGACAAUCUGGCCAAAAUGAAGUCCCUCUCUUUGGAAACUUGACCAAUCAAAGAUGGAGGCGGAGGAACCUACUGAGAAUGAAUUAGGAAACAGCUUUCCUACCGCUCAAGCUGAGUGCAAUGGAGGAUCCUGGGAAGGAAGCCUGAGAAAAGAAGUGCUGGGUUCGGAUCUCUAUCUCCAACACUUCAGGCAGUUCUGCUACAAAGAGGCUGAAGGCCCCAGGAAGGUUUGCAGCCAACUCCACCACCUCUGCUACCAGUGGCUGGAGCCAGAAACACACACCAAGGCUCAGAUGCUGGACCUGUUGGUCCUGGAGCAGCUCUUGGAUGUCCUUCCUCCAGAAAUGGAAAGCUGGGUCCGGGACUGUGGGACGGAAAACACUUCCCAGGCCGUGGCCUUGGCGGAGGGCUUCCUUCUGAGUCGGGCAGAGGAGGACAAGCAGGAAGUGCAGCAGGGCUUGAUUCCGAAAGGAACAGCUGAGCCCGAGAACAGUCUUUCCGAAACCAAGUGCAUCCUGCCAAACAGAGACAGACUCUCCAACUCAACAGAUGGAACUUGGGCAACACAUACCACAGCAUCUCAUUAUCCCGAUGCAUUUGGUGCAACUUCAGUAACAAUGGAACAGGUGACCUUUGAGGAGGUGGCUGUGUUUUUCUCGGAGGAGGAGUGGGCCUUGCUGGACCCAGAGCAAUGGGCCUUACACAGGGAAGUCAUGGAGGAGAAUCUGGGCCUUGUGUCUUCUCUGGAUGUUGAAGAGGCACUUGGUGAGAAUGAAGAGGAGCCAACCAGGAUGUUACCCAAAAUAGCCAGUUAUCGACUGAUGUGCGAGAAUGAAAGGAACCCUGAGUUUCAAGAUUUUCUGGGUGGGGAAAUGAGUGGACUUUCGGGACAGGAAAUUACACCAAAAAUAAAGGAAAGGAAUAAAUACAUAUGCCUUCUAUGUGGAAGAAGCUCCAGUUUGAAAGCAAGCCUUGACUGUCACGUGAGAUCUCACAGAGGGGUGAUUUAUUUCAGUGGUGGUGAGCAAAGAAAGAUCAUCAGCGUUAGGGAAGCCUUUAUUUCCCAUCAAAAAAACUACACGAGUGGGAAACCAUUUCAGUGCUUGGAAUGUGGAAAGGUCUUCAGUCUGAGGAAGCUCCUCACUCGCCAUGAAACAAUUCACGCAGGGAAGGAGCCAUUUUCAUGUUUAUGGUGUGGAAUAACCUUCACUCAUAUGGAUAGCCUCUCAAGCCAUCAAAUAACUCACGCAGGAGAGAAACCAUAUAAAUGCUCAGAAUGUGGUAAGAGCUUCAAUCAGAAAAAUGGCCUGACUUAUCAUCGAAGAGUGCAUACAGGAGAGAAACCCUUUGAAUGCUUAGAGUGUGGAAAGAGCUUCAGUCGCAGAACAGUCCUUACUGAGCAUCAAAGAACUCACACAGGAGAGAAACCCUUUAAAUGCUCAGAAUGUGGAAAAAGCUUCAGUCGGAAAACAAGCCUUGCGUGUCAUCAAAGAAUUCACACAGGGGAGAAACCAUUCAAAUGCUUGGAGUGUGGAAAGAGCUUCAAUAACAAAUCCCACCUCACUGUCCAUCAAAGAAUUCACACAGGUGGGAACCCAUAUAAAUGCUUGAAGUGUGGAAAGAGCUUCAGGUACAAGUCACAACUCACUGUUCAUCAGAGAACUCAUACAGGAGAGAACCCCUUCAAAUGCUUAGAGUGUGGGAAGACAUUCAAUUGGCAGCAAAACCUCAUAACCCAUAGAAGAUGUCACACGGGGGAGAAACCCUUUAAGUGCUCCGAUUGUGGAAAGAGCUUCAGUCAGAAAACGGUCCUUACUGGUCAUCAAAGAACCCAUACAGGGGAGAAACCCUUUCCGUGCAUGGAGUGUGGAAAGAACUUCAGGCAGAAGUCAAACCUCGUUUCUCAUCAAAGCAGCCAUACAGGGGAGGCACCAUUUCAGUGCUUAGAGUGUGGAAAGGGCUUCGGAAUGAAAAUACGCCUUACUCGUCAUCAACGAACUCACACAAGGUCAAAAUUCUUUGAGUUGGAUUGUGUAAAGGCGUUCUAUCAGAGGUCAUACCAUAAUUCUUGUCAAAGAAGUCAUACAGCGGAGAAGCCAUUUCAGUGCUUGGAGUGUGGAAAGAGGUUCUAUCACAAGCAAAAUCUCAUUAUUCAUGAAAAAUCUCAUAGAGAGGAAAAACCCUUUAAAUGCCUGGAAUGUGGAAAGGUCUUCGGUCUGAGAAAACUUCUCACUCGCCAUCAAGCAAUCCACAGAAUGAAGAAGUCAUGGAAAUGUUUGGAGUGUGGCAAUAGCUGCAGGAACAAGUCCGAGCUCGCAGUUCAUCAAAGAACUCACACAGGGGAGAAACCCUUUCAAUGCUUAGAGUGUGGAAAGAACUUCAGUCAGAAAUCCCACCUCACUGUCCAUCAAAGAAUUCACACAGGUGGGAAUCCAUACAAAUGCUUGGAGUGUGAGAAGAGCUUCAGGUACAAGUCACAACUCACUGUCCAUCAAAUAACUCACACAGGAGAGAAACCCUUUCAAUGCUUGGAGUGUGGGAAAAGGUUCACUCGGAAGCAAAACCUCACGAUCCAUAAAAGAUGUCACACGGGGGAGAAACCCUUUCAAUGCUCCGAGUGUGGAAAGAGCUUCCGUCAGAAAAUGGCUCUUACUCGUCAUCAAAGAACCCAUACAGGGGAGAGACCCUUUCCAUGUUCAGAGUGUGGAAAGAACUUCAAGGACUUGCCAAACCUCAUUUCUCAUCAAAUGAGUCAUUUUGGUGCUUGGAGUGUGGAAGGAGCUUCAGGUACAAGUCACAACUCACUGUCCAUCAAAUAGCUCAUACAGGAGAGAAACCCUUUAAAUGAUCAGAGUGUGGAAAGAGCUUCAGUCAAAAAUCCCAUCUCACUGUUCCAUCAGUUCACAAAGGUGAGAAUCCAUAUAAAUGCUUGGAGUGUGGAAGGAGCUUCAGGUACAAGUCAGAACUCACGGUUCAUCAAAGAAGGCAUACAGGGGAGAAACACUUUCAUUGUUUGGAGUGUGGGGAGAUGUUCACUCACAAGUCACAUCUCCGUGGUCAUCAAAGAAUCCACACAGGGGAGAAACCCUUUAAAUUCUGAGUGUGGAAAAAGCUUCAGAUGGAAGAUAAUUUUUAUGUACCAUCAAAGAUGUGAUGCAGGCAAGAAGCCCUUUAAAUGCACACAGUGUGGGAAGAGCUUCAGGUGGAAAGUGAGUCUCAAAGGUCAUCAAAGAAGUCAUAAAGGAGGAAAAGCAUUUAAAUGCUUAGAGCAGUGGUUCUCUACUUGUGGGUCCCCAGAUGUUUUGGCCUUCAAUUCCCAGAAAUCCUCACAGCUGGUAAACUGGCUGGGAUUUCUGGGAGUUGUAGGCCAAAACACCUGGGGACAUGCAGGUUGAGAACCACUGGCUUAGUGUGGAAAGAGCCUCAGAUGGAAGAAAAAUCUUACAUUUCAAGAAUAUCGUAUAGGCAAGAAGCUAUUUAAAUGCAUGUCAUGUGGAACGAGCUUGGCUAGGAAAUCAUACUUGACUCAUCAUCAAAGAAAAUAUACACAGUGUUCCCUCACUUAUUGCGGGUGUUCCGUUCCAGGACCACCUGUAAUAAGUGGAAAUCUGUGAAGUAGGGACACGACAGUUUAUUUAUUUUAAUAUUUAUACACAUUCCUUACUUACUGCAGAGUGUCUCUCCUUAAUGUUAUUUUCCUUUUACACCGGUUUGUCAGUAAUGUCUCCUAUAGAAUCAUAGAAGAGUUGGAAGAGACCUCAUGGGCCAUCCAGUCCAACCCCAUUCUGUCAAGAAGCAGGAAAAUUGCAUUCAGUGCACCCCCGACAGAUGGCCAUCCAGCCUUUGUUUAAAAGCUUCCAAAGAAGGAGCCUCCACCACACUCCGGGGCAGAAAGUUCCACUGCUGAACGGCUCUCACAGUCAGGCAGUUCUUCCUAAUGUUCAGAUAGAAUCUCAUUUCUUGUAGUUUGAAGCCAUUGUUUCGCAUCCUAGUCUCCAGGUCAGCAGAAAACAAGCUUGCUCCCUCCUCCCUAUGACUUCCUCUCAUGUAUUUAUACAUGGCUAUCAUGUCUCCUCCCAACCUUCUCUUCUUCAGGCUAAACAUGCCCAGCUCUUUAAGCCAUUCCUCAUAGGGCUUGUUCUCCAGACCUUUGAUCAUUUCGGUUGCCCUCCUCUGGACACAUUCCAGCUUGUCAAUUGGACACAGUAUUCCAGAUGUGGUCUAACCAAGGCAGAAUAGAGGGGUAACCCGACUUUCCUGGAUCUAGACACUAUACUCCCAUUGAUGCAAGCCAAAAUCCCAUUGGUUUUUUUGCCGCCGCAUCACAUUGUUGGCUCAUGUUUAACUUGUUGUCCAUGAGGACCCCAAGAUCUGUUUCACAUGUCCUGCUCUUGAGCCAGGCAUCGUCUCCCAUUCUGUAUCUUUGCAUUUCAUUUUUUCUGCCUAAGUGGAGUAUCUUGCAUUUGUCACUGUUGAACUUCAUUUUGUUAGUUUUGGCCCAUCUUCUCUCUAAUCUAUUAAGAUGGUUUUGAAUCCUGCUCCUGUCCUCUGGUGUAUUGGCUAUCCCUCCCAAUUUGGUGUCGUCUGCAAACUUGCUUUUAACUCUUCGUGUAAGUCAUUAAUAAAGAUGUUGAACAGAACCAGGCCCAGAACAGAACCCUGCUGAUGGUACUCCACUCAUCACUUCUUUCCAGGAUGAAGAGGAAGCCUUGGGGAGAAUCAUCCUUUGGGUUUGUCCGUUUAACCAAAUACAGAUUCACCUAACCAUAGUUUUGCCUAGCCCACAUUGGACUAGUUUGUUUGCCAGAAGGUCCUGGGGGACGUUGUCGAAAGCCUUACUGAAAUCCAGGUACGCUACAUCCAUGGCGUUCCCCGCAUCUACCCAGCUUGUAACUCUAUUGAAAAAAGAGAUCAGAUUAGUCUGGCAUGACUUGUUUUUGAUAAAUCUGUGUUGACUAUUAGUGAUGACUGCAUUUGUUUCCUCACUUCCAGCUUCAUAUUGCCUCUUCUUUCCCUUCUCUUCCUGUCUUUCUAUAAUGUUCCCGACCACUUCCAGCCUUCUGUCUCUCCCUCAAGUUCCGGCCUUCUCUAUCCCGCCACUUCCUGUCCUCCAGUCAAUUUGUUGGUUUCCUCUGCUUCCACUUCCGAAGUUUUCUCUCUUAUUUCCCUCUCUUCGUUAUUCGUCUCCUAAAUCGUCAGUUCCUGAAACCCGCUCCUCCUUCUCCUCCUCCUCCUCUAGGAUUGCCUUUGUUUAAAGAAGGACUCUGCGUUGACCAAACACUCUUGCCUCAAGGUCAGCCCUUCCUUCUUUUCCUCAUAUUGAGUUUAAUGUAAUAUAAAUCCGUCGGCUGCCCACCCUGCGGGCUUUGCUGUUCUCCUGCUCUCGAUCCAGCAGGAGAAGGGAACCAAAGCACUACCUGAUCGUUUUAUGGGGCUGGCUCCCUAGGAGCUCCUGCCGCCAUCUCGCCACACCAGAAGUCAAAACAUUUUACAUUAAUAUUUAUUAAAAACCCGCGAAACAGCGAGUCCACAAAAAGCGAACCGCGAAAUAGUGAGGGAACACUGUAGUGGGGAAGCCAUUUCAACGCUUGGAUUGUGGAAAGAACUUCAGGCAGCAAACAAGCCUCAAAGCAUCAUCAAAGAACUCCCACCGGGUAGUAACCCUUUAAAUUCUUGGAGUAUGGAAAGAAGUUCAUUCACAAGCAGAGUGAGAGAGGGAUAAAGGAAGCAGAGAGGUGUGGAUGGAUGGAAGGAGGAAGCUUGCGCGUGCAUGUUUUAGAAACUUUAAGUACCUGUUCUAUAAAAGGGGCUGACUUGCACCUCAGCCUUGUGGCACAUUUCUGUUGUUGUUGUUGUUGUUGUUGUUGCUCAACCAAUGGCUUUGCUCUGCAAAUUAAACCUAUUGAUUUAA